AGUUGAAUGUAGUCUUGUGUGUCCUUCUUUGAAUGUUUCUUGCAUUCUUUAAAAUGUUAUUAAGGCAACUACAAGUAUUUCUUGGACAUUUAUAUUGAAAAUGAGUGAUGAAUACUUUUUGCAAAAUGUGGAUAUGACUGUUGAUCAGGAUCAGGUAUCGGAUGGAAAUGGUCAGGUCCUAUCUAAUUACCAAUACAAUAACUAUGAGGCUGCUGGUGUAAAUUUAAGUGAAUUGAAUUUGGAGAGUUUAGGGUUUAGUGAUAAUGCAGUGGAAGAAAGUAAGCCGGAGGAGAAUAUCGUCUUUUUCAGAGUUAAUGGCUCUGAAGAGGUGUAUGGAAUACAGAAAGUUGUUGACGAGGAUGGCAAUGAGCAGAAGUGUCAAUUUCAAGUUAGACAAACCAGCGAUGGACAGUAUGAGCCAAUACCUGAGUCUAUACAAGUGUUGCAUUCCAAUGAAGAAUAUGUUGAGAGCAAUGAUCAUUCUGAUAUAGGACCAAUUUAUUUUAAAGAAGAAUACUUAGUUGUGGAUCAAUCUGAGAAAGAACAAAAUGAGCUUAUGCAUAACACUACUUUAGGGCCAGACGAAGAAGAUUUAUUGGGUAUAUUUAUGAAAACUGAGAAUGAAGAGCAAUCUUCAAAUGAACCUAUUGACUUCGAAGAAGAAUAUUUACCACAACCAAAUUUCAGUGAUCUGGUACAAGAAGCUACCAGUGUUGAUGUUGAUGCAAUAGUUGAUGAUGAGUCUCAGAAUGUUUACGAACAGGAUCCUUUGGAAGGCUAUGGGAAUCAAUUGUUGCAAGAUGCAAUUUCAACAGUAGUCGUAGAUGAACAGAGUAUUGAAAAUAAUUUAGUAAACGCUUAUGUAGGAGAGGCUUCUAUUGAUGAAAGCAGACAUUUGAUAGUUGAAGAAGCUGCUGAAGAAACUGUAGUUGAUAGUGAGAUUUAUUUAGGUUCUUUAAAUAAUAAAUUUCGUCAUUUGGUGCAAGAAACUAUUGCAUCGACUGUGGAGGAGGAUAAGAAGUCAGAGCAUUACGUAAAUGAAGAAACACAAGCGCGUUACAAUCGCGAGACUAGAGUAUUUAUAACCGACGAGAAUAAUCAGCAGUAUUCCUACGUUGUUAAGAGUACGGGAAAGGAAAACGUAACGAAAACGCCGUACAGAAUCAAUCCGAGGAGUGUUUUGAAAUCUUCCGUUUUAUCGAAGAGGGCUGUGAAACCUGUACAAAGGUGCCAAACUAAGAUUCUUGAAGCACCGGUGAGAACCCAACGAUUACCACGCAAACAGAAGAUCCAGCCGAUUGUGAGGAGCGGCGAGGAGAUCGUCCUACAAGAGAUCGUCGUUUCUUCCAAUGGUUAUCUGCGCAUCACCGAAGACGGUGUGUUGCAGCAGAACAAGAUGAUUGUACCUAAAGAGUAUGUGCAGUUGAGCGAUUCAGAUGAAGACGGCAGAUGCAAGAAGCGAAGGAAAAAGUUUAAAAAGCAGAAGAAUCCUCCUGUCGAGAUCACCAUCAUCGAUUCCGAUGAGGGCUGAUUCUAAUAAUAACAGAAAACCAUCAUUAGAAACGUUAAAGUAUCGCUGCUUUACGAUUGGUUAAGCCAAUAUUUUACAGGGUAGACGUUUAUAUUAAACCGUUUUCAAACAAUCAUAUAUAAAUAUAUAGUGCUGUUUUUUGAGACGUUUAUUGGUACUAUUUUUGUACUGUUUUUUAUAACAAUGUUCGUGCAUUGUAACUGCAGCUUAUGCAAAAAUCUAUUAAGUAACUAUGUAACCGAAGCCACGAGUAACGAUGAACAAAAAAAAAUAAUACUUAAAACUGAAUAAAUGUGAUAUUUCCUCUUUGUUCCUAUUUAUUAUGGAGUUGUUAAUUAUUGUUUAGUUUUACGUUAAACUUGUUUUCUUAUAUAUUUUUCUUAAUGUUUUAUAUUUUUUUUUGAGUUGUUCUACCAUUUCUAUUGAUUUUACGUUGUAUUUAGUUUUUUUGGUGUGAUAAAAUAAACGUGAGUCUAAAAUCGAAUGCAAUUGUGUAACGUCGAUCGAGUCUGUUUUUAGAAAAUUUGGUUUCGUGCAUUUCGUGCGCAAUUUGUAGCUAACGCUGUAUGCAUUGCCAUUGUUCUUUGCAACAAUUACUUCCAACUUAAGCUAAUUCCACUGUGUUUACCAUGCGGAUUAUGGAUGAUCCAAGGAUGUGGUCGAGCGCUGCACAAUCAAAACAAACUAUUUAAGUUGACAUUAUUGUUAACACGCCAUGGGGACACUGUUAAUUGCGUAUAAUGAAAAGAAAUGCAAUUUGUAUGUGAUAAUUAGUAUAUUUUUACACUAUACGAUAUACGAAACAUUGCAUUUUCUUACUUUGUCUCACACUUUUGUUUGUAAAUUUAUUAAUUCGUUUCGCCUGGAAUUCUUAUAUAAUUUAUAUGCAUGUUACUUUUCCUAU